GAAUCAUCCCCGACCAAAAGAUGGAUCAACCCGACCCGAGAAAUGCCUCUGGCCUGAUUCUCUCCGUCACUGAACCAAUGCGAUCGUUUCUCGCUUUGGCCAGCGAUGAUCGACGUCUCUCCGGGGAGCUCAGAGAUAUCGCUUCAGAUCUGCGCCCUAGGAAAACUGUCCCUUACAAAUUGCUCCGCGCUAUAUGGACCGGAUCCGAUCCUUCGACCAGACCGGAAUUGUUGGGGCUUUUCUCCGGCUCUGAGUUCGUCUUCACCAGUCCCAAACCGAGGGAAAAGAGUGAAGAACUGAAAUUGAGACUGCUAAAGCUGAGAGAAGUAGCAGAGAGGAAGGAAUACGCUGAACUUGUUAAAGAUAUUACACCUAGGAAACAAGUCGAAGAGCCUUUCUCCUCUUACAAAGACCAGCUCGGUUUUGGAUUACACGUUGGUCUUACCAUGUUCACUGGAUAUUUGAUUGGAUACGCUUCCUUCAGAGCUUUAUUCAACCGCAACCCCGCUCUCAGUGCUGCUGGUGGGAUACUUGGGCUAGUUUUAGCCAUGCUUGUGGAAACACUUCUGUUUAUAAUCAAAACAUCUAAAGAUGAUCAGAUUCAGAGCUCUAAAUCUCCAUCUUCAUUGUCAUCAUCAUCAUCAUUCACUCCCACUAUUAAGAAGAAUCAAUAGAACUUUUGCUUUUUGCCUUCUUGUUCUAGUUCUACUGAGAAAGAGAUUUAGCUUGGAGGCGUGUGAUAUGAUCGAAUCCAUCUAGUAACCCAAUUUGGGAAUUUUACGUACAAACACAUGGUUUUUAAAGUUGUCUUGACACAUUUGAAGUUUUUUUUUUUGUCAUAUGUAAAUUUAUAUCUGUUUCUCUGUUAAACAAUUGAAGCAAAGCUUUUGUGAAAUUUAAUAAUACUUUCGCAGCCUC